GGGCGGAGCUACAACACGGCUCGCAGCUGAGAGACCAUAAACAAGAAAACUCUCCCAAACACACAGACUGACUGUGAGCACGUGGAGGAGGUUAAUCAGAGUUUCAUGUGAUGUUUAAUGUGUGUGUUUAAUGUGUGUGUAGUGUGUGUAAUGUGUGUUUAAUGUGUGUGUAGCUGCUGAGAGUCAUGCCCGGCUCGAACAGAGUUUUCUGUGAGGAAGAAUGUUUUCCUGAAAACAGUAAACACAUCAGUGAAGAUGCAGGAGGGAGGAGCGGCGGGGUGAUGGAGGUCUUUGGGGCGGUGCUGACCCUGCUGUCUGCGGUCUUCAUCCUCUUCACCUUCCCCCUCACAGCCUGGAUGUGUGCUAAGGUGAUCCAGGAGUAUGAGAGGGCUGUGAUCUUCAGACUGGGCCGUGUGGUCAGAGGAGGAACCAAAGGACCUGGUCUGUUCUGGUUCAUCCCCUGGCUGGACGUCAUCCAGAGAGUCGAUCUGCGGACUGUUUCCUUCAACAUCCAGCCACAAGAGGCGCUGACUGCAGACGGGGUGCCAUUAAAGGUGGAUGCUGUCGUGUUUUAUCGGGUGGUGGACCCCUCUCUCUGGGUGACGCGUGUUCAAAAUGGCUACCAGGCCACACACACACUUGCCCAGACGACGCUGAGGGCCACACUGGGCACACACACUCUGACGGACGUACUGACUCAGAGGACGAGCAUCGCGAGGAGGAUGGAGGGGGCGCUGCACGCUGCGACCAGGCUGUGGGGUGUCGAGGUGGAGCGGGUGGAGCUUAAAGACCUGGCGCUGCCUGUCACUCUGCAGCGCUGCAUGGCUUCAGAGGCUGAGGCUGCCAGGAAGGCUCGGGCCAAGAUGAUCGUGGCUGAAGGAGAGGUGAAGGCGUCUCGAGCUCUACAGGAGGCAGCAUCAGGACUCUCACCUGUGGCUUUCCACCUCAGAUACCUGCAGGCGUUGUCGUCUGUGCAGAGCAGCACGUCCGUCGUGGUCUUCCCCCUUCCUGAAGAGCUCCUCCACCUUCUUUUCUCAGAACAACGUUAGCUUUAACACGGAAAAGAAAGAGCUGAAUGUUCAAAUGAUUGUAAAUUCUAUUUUUUAUAAAUAUAUACUCUCAAUAUCAGGA